AUGAUGUGCCCAAUUCGCACCUACGAAUAGCUCUCUCUCUCUCUCUCAAGCACGCACACUUCCUUGCCUUUCGGACCGUUUGUCCUGGAAAUCUAUCUCAUCCUCCAAUCCCCCGCAGAUCUCGCCAAGACCCAAACUAGAAACGAUAAGACCAGAAAAUAACACCAUCACCAAAAGAGAAUCCCAGGACUCGCUGUCUGUCGGAGGCGGGUUUAAGCGUGCAGCCGCGUUAAUCUCUCUCAGAGGAAGGGAGGGAGCGGAACGCAUAUAGACACGCAGGGACAAAGGAUGCAAUCCCUUUCGUAAGCUUAUGUGAGGGGGAAUCUGGAGAAUUCUCCUGCUCCAUUCCCGCCUGCUGAAUGGGUUGCUUUAGCUCUAAGCACGCGGCGCGGGAUGCUUCGUCCUCUGUUUUCGAUAACCCGGCUGACAACAACAAUGGCUCCGCCAUGAUUCUCGAGCCAUAUUCGUUGAAGAAGAACCAAUCCGGUAAUCAAUCUAGGAAGGACGGGAGGUCCACCGAUCGGAGCCGCGAGCUCAACAACAAGUCCAAGAAGGAGAGCUCCCAUUCCCAUUCCAAGGGUCCCUUUAACUCCAAGCUUGGCUUAUCUCACAGGUACGUGCAGGCCGAACAAACCGCUGCUGGAUGGCCCACCUGGCUCAGCGCUGUCGCUGGCGAAGCCAUCGAUGGUUGGCUCCCUCUCAGAGCAGAUUCUUUUGAGAAAUUGGAGAAGAUUGGGCAAGGUACGUACAGCAGUGUGUUUCAAGCACGUGAAGUUGAAACUGGGAGGAUGGUUGCUCUGAAGAAGGUACGAGUUGAAAAUUUCCAGCCAGAGAGCAUAAGGUUUAUGGCUCGAGAAAUAAUGAUCCUCCGCAGGCUGAACCAUCCAAAUAUCAUGAAGUUGGAGGGGCUUAUUACUUCUCGGUUAUCAAGUAGCAUAUACCUCGUAUUUGAGUACAUGGAACACGAUCUUGCUGGACUAAUAGCUAGCCCGGAUAUCCAAUUUAGUGAAGAACAGGUCAAGUGUUAUAUGACACAGCUAUUAUGUGGAAUUGAGCACUGCCACCUGCGAGGUAUAAUGCAUCGAGACAUUAAAGCAUCCAAUAUUUUGGUAAACAACGAAGGGGUUCUGAAAUUGGGAGAUUUUGGACUUGCAAAUGUCAUCAGCCCAAAGAACAGACAACCAUUAACCAGUCGUGUGGUUACUCUAUGGUAUCGUCCUCCUGAACUUUUGAUGGGGUCAACGAAUUACGGGGUAACGGUGGAUCUCUGGAGUGUGGGCUGUGUAUUUGCCGAACUUCUUAUUGGAAAGCCUAUCCUUAAAGGGAGAACUGAGGUUGAACAAUUACACAAAAUCUUCAAGCUUUGUGGUUCUCCACCAGAGGAGUUUUGGAAAAAGUCUAAACUUCCUCAUGCAGCAAUGUUUAAACCCCUACAUAAUUAUGAAAGUUCAAUUGGGGAGAAGUGCAAAGAUUUUCCAAAAACUGCUGUGAACCUCAUUGAAACUUUACUUUCCUUGGAACCUCAAAAGCGUGGGACUGCGUCCUCUGCCCUUAUGUCUGAGUAUUUCAACACAGAGCCUUACGCAUGUGAUCCAUCAAGCUUGCCAAAGUACUCGCCUAGCAAGGAAAUUGAUAUUAAAAAUCGUGACGAUGGGCGAACUAGGAAAAAGACUGGUGCUAAAGUGAGAGAGCCUGCGGCAUCAAGAAAGCCUAGAAGACUCCGUAAAACUUUGCAAGAAACAAACGCUAUCAGUAAAUUAGCACCAAAUGAGGAAAUGCAAGAUUCUGCUGAACUUGAUGAUAGAAAAAAUCAGAGCAACGCACAUAUUCCUAAAGGAAGAGAUGGCUUUGGGCGUAGAGAGCCAUUAAAACCAUCAUUUGAUACAAUGUCAGAGACUUCCCGACUGAUGAAUGGAUCUCGAGGGGACACUACAGUUUCACGCCCAACAGAAGUAUCAACAUCAAGCGGCUUUACAUGGGCAAAAAGGCGAAAAGAGAAUGCUGCAUCCACAAUAUCAGAUGGAUCAAAAAGCAAAAUUAGUGCAUUAGAUCCAUCGUUUGCAAAAGCAUCUUACUUAACCAAAAAAGAGAACGAUCUUCUAUGCAGGGUUCUAAUCAAUUCCAUUGAGGCUGCCAAGCAUGAAAUGCACAAGCAGCAGUACCAGUUUGACAUGCCAGUUUCUUCCAAAGCAUCUGAUGCAUUACAUUCUCUUGAUGUAUCAAUGACAUCUAGUCAACAAGAAGUAGCAGAUGCUCUAACAAACAAUACGGGUUACAAGAACAAAGGGAAGCACAUUGAAUACUCAGGACCGCUGUUAUCCCAACCACGUAAAUAUGAUGAACUCCUGCAAAAGAAUGAGAGUCAUAUUCGUCAAUCAGUUCGGAGAUCAAGAUUCGAAAGAGAUUGAUGAUCAAGCAAGAUUUCUACGGUUUAAAGAGGACGGUGGAAUUAAUUGUGCAUGUGGACUAAUGUACAAGCCAAUGCUGAACUCAACAACUCUCUCACUGCCUCCAGUACAAGCUCAAGUAGGCUAGCUACGUACAUGAUCUUUCUGACAUGGUGCUACUGCUACCUCCAUGAUGUCCGUCCUGUUCAAAUAGCCAGCUUUGUACUGUGACGGCUGAUCAAAUAGAUAGUUGAGUCAUUAAAGAGUGUAUGGGAGAGCGUGUUUUGCUUCUACUUUAAAUUCAAAUGUCCAAUUUCAACAAUUUCAGUUUUUUCAUAUAAUUAGUAUGAGCAUGAGUAGUACUACUGAUACUUGCA